AUGUUUUAUCUUCUUUUUGUUGCUACUUUGUUUGUACAUGUACAAAGUGUUCCUCAAAAUAGCUCAAUUGUUGAAUAUCUUCCUGGUUUUGAUGGACCUCUUCCUUUUUAUCUUGAGACUGGAUACAUUGGAGUUGCCAAAUCUGAGGAAGUGCAACUAUUCUAUUACUUUGUUAAAUCAGAAUCCGACCCGAAGAAAGAUCCGAUCUUGCUAUGGAUAUCGGGAGGACCCGGUUGCUCAUCCUUCACAGGAUUGGUGUACGAAGUAGGUCCAUUGGCUUUUGGACAAAAGGCAUACAAUGGAAGCCUACCAUUUCUUGUUUCAAGACCAUAUUCAUGGACAAAGUUUGCGAGUAUAAUUUUCUUGGACGAGCCUUUAAAUACUGGGUUCUCAUAUGCAACAACUUCAACGGGGCACAACUAUACUGAUCUACAAGCAUGCGGUCAAGUCUAUGAAUUUCUACGAAAGUGGUUCAUUAAUCAUCCAGAAUUCAUCUCGAAUUCUUUCUAUGUUUCUGGGGACUCUUAUGCAGGCAUUACAGUUCCAGUUAUGGUUCAACUAAUAUCAAAUGCCUUAAGGUUUUAUAUUCCUUUCUUUUCGUUCAAUUUCAACAUAUAUCAUGAAUGGAAAAAAUAUUGUUUUAAUUUGAUGGCGAUAUCCUUUAAGGGCUAUUCACUUGGAAAUCCAAAAACAUUCCCUGAAGAAGUCAAUUAUAAAAUUCCCUUCUGUCAUGGUAUGGGGCUAAUAUCCGACGAACUUUAUGAGUCGUUGAAACAGACUUGCAAAGGCGAAUACCUAAAUAUAAAAUCUACCCAUACACCAUGUUCAGAAAACUUAAAAAUAUUCAAGGAGCUCGUGAGUGGUAUAUGUGAUGAACAAGUACUAGAGCCUUACUGUGGAACAUACUCUGAAGAACCAAAGUUAUGCCAAUCGUCAAGUGAAAGAAGAUCUCUUGAAGAGAAUUUCAUCUUUUUAAAUCGUGAUGACUUUAUCUAUCGAAGAAUAAGUCGUGUUGACACACACAAUCUCUCAGUUUAUUGGGCAAAUGACCCAAAAGUUCAAGAGGCUCUCCAUGUUAGAAAGGGAACUAUAAAAAGAACAUGGGCAAGAUGUAGGCAAAGUAUUGGGGAUAAAAGUUACGCAAUUACUUUCAUGAAUAGUAUACCUUACCAUACAAACCUUAGUACAAAAGGUUAUCGAUCACUUAUAUACAGUGGCGAUCAUGACAUGGUUGUUCCUUUUCAAUCGACACAAGCAUGGAUAAAGUUUCUAAAUUAUCCUAUUAUUGAUGAUUGGCGUCCAUGGAUGGUUGAUGAACAAGUUGGAGGUUACACAAGGUCUUAUUCUAAUCAUAUGACAUAUGCAACGGUAAAGGGAGGAGGGCACACAGCUCCAGAGGACAGACCAGAAGAGAGUUUUCACAUGUUUAAAAGAUGGAUAUCUCAACAACCUUUAUAAUUUUUUUUAAUUAGUUCAAUAUGCAC